GAAUUAUUCGUCUCUUCCUCUUUAUUUUAAUCCCGUAUUUCACGGCCUUGCCGUCCUGCUAAAUACCUCGCCCCUCCUCGUUCCAUUUUAUUAAUAUUUUAUAUACUUUUUUUUCCCCCCUUGCCUCCCUCUCUUUUCCAGGCCGCACUGCUUUGCUUUGGAAUUCAUUUCUUCCCUCGCCAUCUUCACUAUGUCCGGCUUGGAUCUCUGACAUUUAUUUCCACUGGAAAGUUGAUCGUCGAGGUUUCUUUCAUCUUUCUUUAGCCCUCACUCACCAUAUUAAAACCUCAACUCGGGUCCAGAUCUCUCCGGUCUGAAGAGGCUGUAUUGUGGGUGCGGUCGUCAAGAUGUGGUACCCAACAUUGCGUAUGCCUCAUCUCAACUUCAUCCGGAUACACUAUGUCUAUAUACUCGCGCUCAGCAUCGUCGGCACCAUCAUCCUCUAUCCGAUCAAGAAUAUGAGGGGGAUUGAUGCCUUCUUCCAGGCCGUCAGUGGCUCCACCGUCACGGGCCUUAACACCGUCGACCUCAAGGAGAUGAGGCUCUACCAGCAGAUCACUGUCUGGUUCCUCCCGAUGCUGGGCAACAUGUGCUUCGUCAACGUCGUCGUCGUCUACGUCCGUCUGCACUGGUUCGAGAAGAAGUUCAAGGACAUCGUACAAUUGUCACGGCUGCCGUCCUCAGAGCGUUCUCGUGCUCAACUGCUCUCGGUGAGCCCAAAAGCUCAGAGCAGCGACGACACAGCCUACCCGCACAACAUCAGAGUCCUGCGUCCCGACCCUGCUCAUGAGGAGGCCGAUAUGGUCAAUCUACGGCAGAGGCCAGCUGCCAAGAGGGACGAGUCAUCGGACUCUCCAACGGCAGAGGAUCAGAGUCCGUCGUCCGAGAACAACAACGCUGAAAGACCGCCCGUACAGCCUGGCCACAUCACCUUCUCCUCUGACACCUUCGAUAAGCCGAACCGUGGGAAGGCACUCAGGAUCCCUGGCCCACGGGAGUUUGAGAAGGGCUACAAGGUGCAGGAGGUUGAUGAUGAGGACGAUGCUGAUAUGACAAAGAGCAUCGAUGAUCCAUUUGGUGCCGGCCCUUCUGACGCCUAUCGAAAGCUCCCUGCCAUGGAAAGACUGCUUUCUCAUGCUGCUUCCUUUGAACAUGCUGCCUCAUCCGCUUUCAUCAUUGGAGGUUCCUCCAGAAGUAGAUCGAGGUCCAGGUCCAGAGGCCCAAUGAACAGGGUUUCGUCCAGAGGUGCCGCCACUCAAGCAUUGCCGUAUCUCUCUUAUAACCCCACGGUAGGAAGAAAUUCCAAAUUUUUGGGGUUGACUGAGGAUCAAAAGGAGGAGCUUGGCGGCAUUGAAUAUCGCAGCUUGAGAUUGCUGCUGAAAAUUGCCGGCGGUUACUAUGUCAUUGGGCACAUCAUUGGGGCCAUAGGCCUCAUUGCAUGGAUAUGGAACUCCAAUCCAAAAUACCGGGAUUACGUCCGUGGGGAGUGUGCAGUCAAUCCUACCUGGUGGGCGUUUUAUUCGUCCAUGACAACAUUCAAUAACCUCGGAUUCACUCUCACUCCAGACUCCAUGAUCAGCUUUCGGGACUCUACUUUCCCAAUGCUGUGGAUGACCUUUUUGAUCUAUGUUGGGAAUACUGCGUACCCAUGCAUGCUGCGGUUGAUCAUCUGGAUAGCCUUCAAACUUACUCCCGAAGGUUCUUCGAUUAAAGAACCGCUGAACUUUUUGCUGGACCAUCCUAGACGUUGCUACACCGUCCUCUUCCCAAGCAAGGUGACUUGGUUGCUAUUUGGCAGCUUGGUUUUGAUCAAUGGCUUCGACGUCAUCUUGUUCUUAAUCCUGGAUCUCCAUUACCCGGAGGUCACCGCAAUUCAAUCCGGAUGGCAUCGAUUCUGUGCUGCACUGUUUCAAACUGCGUCUGCACGCACUACAGGAACCUCUAGCUUCGCCGUUGCAAAUGUUCAUCCUGCUGCUCAGUUCAGCUUGAUGGUAAUGAUGUACAUUUCCGUAUUUCCAAUUGCUCUCAGUGUCAGAGGAACCAAUACAUACGAAGAAUCAUCCCUCGGCAUAUUCGAUUCUACAGAAGAACUAGUGGAGAUGAAGCGGACGUCUUAUCUGGGUGUCCAUAUCAAAAUGCAGCUGGCCUUCGACUUGUGGUAUGUCUUCUUAGGUGUUUUUGUGCUCGCCAUCGCCGAGGGCAGUAAAAUAGCCGAUCCGAAUAAUCCUGGAUUCAAUAUGUUUUCCAUCUUCUUCGAAGUAAUUUCUGCCUACGGAAACGUCGGCCUCAGUCUUGGUCACCCAGACGUAAAUACUGGGUUGACAGGAAAAUUUGGCAUCGUUGGCAAAUUGGUAAUAUGCGCCAUGAUGAUUCGUGGGAAGCAUCGUGGCCUGCCAUAUGAAGUGGAUCGUGCUAUUAUCCUGCCUGGCGAGAAACGCAUCGUCGAGGAAGACGCGAGGAUUGAAGCUAUGAGCCAUAAUUUAAGCCGUCGACAUACCAAUUAAUAACAAAAAUACGCCUGGGCUUUUACUCUCGAUAACCACACCUGACGCUCCAAUGUCAACUACAGUCGACUUUUUAACGACCCCCCUUUUUCUCUGGGAGGAUAUUUGAUGCAAAAGAAAGAAAAGAAUCGAAUAAUGUAUGACAAAGCUUUUAGACCUUGGAAAGGAUGCUGUUAUUUCAUACUUCGUGAUCAUAUUAUGGGCGUUCUGGGGUAAGGGAAGACUAAAACCAUUUUAGUCGGUAAUCUGCAGCGAAUAUGUUCGG